GUCAAAGUUACGUAAAUAAUUGAGAAAAUACCUAACUUCAGUAAUGCUCAGACUAUUUGAGGGCAUCAGGAAAGCAUUCCUCUCUGUUCUUUUCCUUGGGACCAGUAUAAUCUUGCUUGGAGGUGUUGGAUGCUUUUGUGAAUUAGAUGGCAAAGUGGAUACAGAGGAGAACGGUCAACCCAGACCCCCUCACCUUAUCUUCAUCAUGGUGGACGACCAAGGUUAUGGAGACAUUGGGUAUCACGGCUCAGACAUCCACACUCCUGCGCUGGACCGGCUUGCAGCAGAAGGUGUCAAAUUGGAAAACUAUUAUGUCCAGCCUAUCUGCUCACCCUCUCGUAGUCAGCUCAUGACAGGACGAGUGAAGAAGAUUUUGCAGAACCACAACUCCAGCACACCGCUCUUCCUCUACUUGUCCCUCCAGGCUGCACAUACCCCCCUACAGGCACCAGACCUUUUCUUGCACCACUAUAAAACACACAGCAAUCGUCAAAGGCGUCACUAUGCAGCCAUGCUAAGCUGCUUGGAUGACGGGGUAGCACAGAUGGUAAAAGAGAUGAAGGCUAGUGGGCUUUAUCAAAACUCUGUGCUGAUCUACUCAUCUGAUAAUGGAGGACAGCCGCUAUCAGGCGGAAGCAACUGGCCACUUAGAGGAGGGAAAGGGACUUACUGGGAGGGCGGCAUCAGGGCUGUCGGGUUUGUCCAUAGUCCCCUUCUAAAGAGGAAAGGAAUUGUUAGUAAAGCACUGAUCCAUGUUUCUGACUGGUAUCCUACAUUGCUUAGGCUUGCAGGGGACCUGCAAUCCUACCAUGAUCUAGAUGGCCAUAACGUCUGGGGAAGCAUCAAUGAGGGCUUACCCUGCCCUCGUAAGGAAAUCCUUUUCAACAUCGAUCCUGUGUCAAGGAAACCUGGGGAGCCAUAUGACAAAGCAGUGGUACUCAAUGGGUUCGGGAUUUGGGACACCGCUGUAAGAGCCGCACUAAGAGUGGGUGACUGGAAGUUAUUGACAGGAAAUGUGGGUGAUGGAGACUGGAUACCACCACAGGCUCUUCCCGCCGGCCGAGAACGGUGGCAGAAAUUGGAGAAGCAACGUAAUAGGCUGGGGAAGUCAGUGUGGCUGUUUAACAUCAGUGCGGACCCGUACGAGAGGUUUGACCUUGCUGAGAUUCGACCAAGGGUGGUAAAACAUCUAUUGCUCAGGCUGGCAGAGUAUAACCACACAGCUGUAAUGGCAAAGAACCCACCAGAUGAUCCAAUGGCUGAUCCAGAACUACAUGGUGGAGUGUGGAGUCCCUGGCUGGGCCAAGAGGGCUGGAAAGAAGAUACAAGGGUUGAAGAAGGCAAAAAGGAAAAGACUGUAAAGUUUAAACAUUGUAAAUUAUGCAAAUUAAAAGCCCUCUUCAAAAAAGUGGGGUCACGUCUUGAAAGAAAAAACAUUUUCUAAAUGUUCUCUCAGGUUCAUAAAUGUUAUGCCUAGCAAAAGGAAUUUACACAAACUGAACUUUUUCACAUUUAUUCACAUGUAAACCACCAACCUAACCAGUUCAUUCUAGUUUUAUGAGGUAAUUUUGGUCAAAGUUACAAUUACCAUUCA